AUGAGACAUUGCGCCAUUUCCCGCCCGUCCUUUAUUCUAUGCGCUAUGCGCCACAUCUCCGAGGAGCAGCAAAUUGUGGACUCGGACGGGUCACAUCUGCUCACCCCUCCAAUGCAUAUUCAUGUCGAGCACCUGAACGUCCACUACGACCCGGCGAUCUGGGGCUCGGACGCCGAGGAGUUCAAGCCAUCCAGAUGGAUCGAUAGUUCCGGUCAGCUUAUCACCCUCCGCCAAAAGGCACGUACCUGCCCUGGUCUGCUGGGCCACGACAUGAAGAUGUCGCAAGUAGAGUUUGUCGCGACAAUUGCGACGCUGUUCCAGCGGGCUCGGUGCGAGCCGUUGCCAAUAGCUGGAAUCGAGGAUCCAGACGAGUUGCAACAGAUGCUGCGUCAGAAGCUCAACGAAUCCAUUAUCAAAAUGACGUUGCAGGUCAAGGAUCCUCAAGAGGUGGCGUUGCGAUGGAUUCGUGAUGAGGCAUGA